ACGUGACCGCUUUUGCUGGUGUUGCAAUUUGGUUACAAUUGGCUGUAACUUGUAGAGUUUCCCACUCGUUGACCCUUUCAAUUCGGGCCCAACACAAGCUGAUGCCCCCCAAAGAUUCAAGCUCUGACGAAGCCGAUUAAAAGUUUUGAGCAAUAGAGCCUGUGCGACGACACAACGCGCUGUGAGGGUGUGAGAAAAGUGACGAGAAGAUAGAAAAACGAUUAUUUUAGCGUCCCUCCCCGUCGAUAAAUCUCAAACUCAUACCCGCUAUCAAUCACGUGAGUGACAUCAACAAUAGCGCCCAGUGAAUCCAAUUAGAUUUAUUAUUGAAAACGUUUUAAGCACUGUGAAUUCAAUUUAAUUUCGUCCAAAUUGGAAUUUUAUAUGAUAUAGAGGCGAAUCAAUUAACAAAAUUAGUAUCAAACUGGGCACUCAUGGAACGCCAAGGCAUCGCGGAGACGGCGUCAGCGAUUCCCCUGUGAAGAACUUCAGCCUCGGAGAUGUCAAGCAACUCCACACUGGCAUGCACACAUCAGAAAGUGUAACAGACUCAUGCCGCGAGGCAUCAGGCAAUGUAGCCCGAUCCCCAGCUCCGCACUUGCUGCUCCAUCACUCCACCUCCAACACGGUGACCUCCGUGGCGAACAACAACCACAAAGGCACGACAUCCGCCGCACCAGCGAAUGCGCUGGGCGUGACCAGUCAGCGGGAGUGCGCCGGAUGCAACAAGGUGAUCACGGAGCGCUUCCUCCUGCGCGCCCUGGACCUCUUCUGGCACGAGGACUGCCUCAAGUGCGGCUGCUGCGACUGCAGACUGGGCGAAGUGGGCUCCACGCUCUACACCAAGGCCAACUUGAUCCUCUGCAAGAGGGACUAUCUCAGACUCUUCGGGACAACAGGAUACUGCGCGGCGUGCAACAAAGUCAUUCCCGCCUUCGAGAUGGUGAUGCGAGCCAAAAGUAAUGUGUAUCAUUUGGAAUGCUUCGCGUGUCAGCAGUGCAAUCACAGAUUUUGCGUUGGUGACAGAUUCUAUCUUUGUGAUAAUAAAAUUCUCUGCGAAUAUGACUACGAGGAGAGGCUCGUAUUCGCCAACAUGGCCUACAAUCCGUCGAGUUUGGCGCACAUUCGAAGGCAAGUUUGUAAUUUACAGCCAGCCGGAGACAGUAUAGGCAACUGCGGCGCUCACGCGGGACGCCUCGUGACACCCCCAAUGGCCACCGUGGAGCCGGGCGUGGCGUCGAUGGCGGGCAGUUCGGGCGCAGUGGCGCGCGGACCGUGCUUCGGCGAGAAGCCACAACUGCCGCCGGCCGCCGCGGCCACCAGCAACAUGGGCCCGCCGCGCGAUGACGGCUCCAGCGGCUACGGCAGCCCAGAUUCCGAGACAUUCGAGUCGCCCCAGACGUCGCAAUGACGGCGCUUA